CGACUUAUAUUGGGUAACGUGUGUGUGACACGGUUUAUUCAGAUGUAGCCAAUUAGAUUUUCGGAGCUAUUUGAAAAAGAUAUUUUGAAAUCCCUGUCGGACGAAAUUCGCGCGGAAAAUAUUUUUCUAUCUAUAGCUGACGCGACCAAACUCGCAUCCAAAAUGCGCAAAAUCGAUCGACCGCUCGGAAUGCCUUAUAACAACGACGACGUAAAUAGAAUUGCAACAGUUAUGUAAUUGAACUCUCUCGUUCGAAUAAGUUGCCAAGUCAUUCGUCUGCUAGCAUUUAAAUCUGCACAUAUUGUCAGAAAUUCGGGGUCACGUUGCGCGUCACGAUAGUCCCUUAUCUCGCGAACAAGGAGCAAAUCGAUAAGCGUAUCGCAUCAGCUGUUUUAUAAUCCCCACCAGUAAUGCUCCCUUAAUUUCACUACUCGCUACCUGUAUUCUCACGGCCAUGUUAGGCACGGAUAUACAAGAGGAAUGAGGACGUUUCGCAAUAAAUGAGACUUUAUUGAAGUCUUCGAGAUCUUCUUGGCUACGCUACAAAGCCUGUGGAUUGUAAGAGAUAGUCCACAAAGCAUGGCAUGGCACUGCAACGGCACUACAAAUCAAGAGAUGGUGACAAAGUUGAAAGCAAUUAGGGACAGAUUAUUCACAGAUGCUGGCAUAUUGGCAACGGAUAGGGCAGAAGCUGCAAUGCUUACUGUUGACAGAGCAAAAUAUUGCCAUGAAUCGGAUCCUUACCUUGAUCGUCCUAGAAGAAUUGGUUACAACGUGACAAUCAGUGCACCACAUAUGCAUGCAUACGCAUUGUCAAUCCUCUCCGAUCAACUCUUUGAUGGCGCCAAGGCCCUUGAUGUCGGUUCAGGCUCGGGAUAUCUAUCAGCCUGCAUGGCGUACAUGGUAGGCUCGAACGGACGUGUAAUCGGUAUCGAGCAUAUUCCCGAGCUUAUAGAGAUUUCUACUAGGAACGUGCGCGAAGACAAUCCGCAUUUUCUCAAGGAAAACCGCAUCAAAUUCAUCGUGGGAGACGGCAGAUUGGGACACGCUGCUGACGGCCCUUACAACGCUAUACACGUUGGAGCAGCGGCCGAUACUUUACCGCAAGAGGUAAACUUGAUAAACCAACUAGCUCCCGGAGGUCGACUGAUAUGCCCAGUCGUGGCUAUAGAAGGUUUCCAAAGGUUUCAAGAUCUGCUGCAGGUGGACAAGAAUACAGACGGCACGAUCACGAAGAAGAAACUGAUGCAAGUCUCUUAUGUUCCUCUAACAGAUCCUACUACUCAAUUACGUAAUUAGAGUUUUUAGAAUGAGGUCUCUUCACAGCGAACGCGUAACUCGAGCAAGCAAUUAAACAAUCCGUCAAUCAACGAUAAUCGGAAUUUGUAUUUAUGAACCAAUUCUUUUCAUGCAUGCAUAAACAUGAAACAUGCUUCCUUUUCGAGAGAUUAGGAAUAUAAUAAAUUAUAUUUUACAUAUGUGUAUUCCCCUCCCCUAUUAAUUUCUUUAUAUAAUCCACUUAAGUUAACAUUUUGCGAAUUGCAGUCACGAAUAUAUUUAUUGAUUAUUUAUGUUUAAUGCAAUUCGCGCGCGAUUAUCAUAUUCUGUAGUCAUAAAAGUCUAAAUUUGUUGCAGCAUGGAGAUUCAUGCUAUUUUAUUUUUGUAGAUAAUAUAUAUUAAAUAUUCCAAUUCUUAUGCACGCAAAGGGUUGUAACGAAUUAAUAAUAAAAAGAUAAAUCUUUAUAUAUAAUGAGAGAUAAAAUACCAUUUUAUAUAUACUAUUGUAUAUUUUGUUUCUAACUCUUGCUCACAUGUAUUGUACGAUAUCGAAUCCGAAAUAUAUUUUUAUGUUCAACAAUUA